AUGGUUUUCUGUCGCUCAUGUUGUCUGAUAAGGACACCUGUUGUGUGCAUGCAUUGGAUGGACUUGGAUGUUUUUUUCUCCAACGAAACAGAGAUGUCGACGUGGACCUAUUUUCUAUGUAUGAUAGUUUUGAGAUUUGUGCAGGGUGGUUUGAUUGCAGACCAAAGUGAUCUGCAAAUAGGACAAUACGCUGGACUCGAGAUAAAAUGUGAAGAAACCAAGAUGCGGAUAUCGGCAAAACGAGAGUUUUUUUUUGGAAAUAGAAUCCCAUUCUUACGCAAGUGUCUUCAACUGGGCGACAAUGCGCCCAACGAGUCCUGCAGGGCGACGUGGAGUGGACCCGGACCUGGUCCCGAGUCUGAGAUGGUCAUCGACGCUAGACUUAGGGAGUGCGGGACCGAGUCCACAGUGGACGGCGAUUGGCUUAUCUAUUACAACCAUCUGGUGCUGUGUCCUGCGGUUCCCUCAACCACUAGAGGAAGUCUGAUGCUAAACCAUGUCACCACUCUCAUACCCGUUGAGUGCCAUUACAAGAGAAGGCAGAUGGUGAGUGGACAGCCGUUGACCCCCAAAUGGCUGCCCAUGACUGCCACUACCAGCGCCUACGGACUGCUGCACUUUUCCCUUCGCACCAUGACAGAAGGCUUCACCGCUCCACGUAGUUCCUCCACUAACCAGCAGGGGGAGUCGGUGAUCCUCGAGGCAGGUGUGGAGGCCCCGCAACACACAUCGCUCAGGGUGUACGUCGACCACUGUGUUGCGUCAUCCAGCCGCGAACCCCUUGAAUCCCCUGGCUACGAAUUCAUCAAUAAUCACGGCUGUCUCAUGGACAGUUUAGUUCCGGGCUCCUCAUCUGCGUUUCUACCAAGGAGGCGAGACGACCGGCUCCUCUUCAGUAUCCCCACCUUCCCCUUCCUGCACGACUCUGGGAUCCAGAUGUACAUCAGCUGUCACCUUAGGGCCACUCUGGCUACAAAGGCACCAGACUCUCGGAACAAGGCCUGCUUCUUCCACAGCCCAACCUUCAGCUGGUGCCCGGCUGAAGGCAGCGUGGAGAUCUGUGCGUGUUGUAACUCUAACAACUGUUCAGACGCAGAGAGCGAGAGAGAACGUCCUCCGCAUUGGGGGGAGCGGGUGGUGCGAGCCACAGUGGGGCCCUUGCAGCACAUCGGCCAGUCUCACUGAAGUGGCCGGAUCCCAGUCAUGCUCAGAGGAGUCCCAACACGGCCCCCCGCCGGUCGUCAGCUUCGAGCCGACACCACCGCAUCAAUAAUGUACAUCACAGUGAGAUGAGGGUGUGAAUGUGUGGUUGGUAUGGUGUUGGAACAAGUAUUUGUAACAAAUCUUUCAUGGCUGACAAAAAACAUUUGGAUAGAAUUCCAAUGUGGUAAAAAAAGAAGUUUUUCUUCUUAUUGUCUAACAAUAGGCUGGCCCUCACCAAGGCUUUAAACAGAUCGUGGCAAUGGCCUGUCUUCAAGUAUUUCUCAAAUGCUAAAUAAAACUAAUUGUAAAUCAA